AUGGAGGCUUUGAACAGUGUGGCAAACUCAGCACCAAGUGUCGGAGCCAGUUCUUUAGUCACAGAUGCAAAUUCUGCUCUCUCUGGUGGUCCCCAUUUGCAGAGAAGUGCCAGUGUUAACACAGAUUCAUACUUACGAUUGCCUGCAUCACCUAUGUCAUUUACUUCAAAUAAUAUCUCUGGGUCAUCAGUGAUUGAUGGUUCCUCUGUAGUACAACAGAGCUCUCAUCAAGAACAAAAUGCUCAACAAUUGCAGCCUAAUCAGCAGCAGCCGCAUGGUGCUUCAAGUGCUACAUCUUUGCCUGCAUCUCAAACUGGUCUUUCUCCCCUUCAAAUGAGUGCACAAGUCCCAGGAUCUUUCAUUCAAGAUCCAAAUAAUAUGUCUCAUUUGUCAAAGAAACCUAGACUGGAUAUCAAACAGGAAGAUAUAAUGCAGCAACAGGUUCUUCAGCAGAUUCUUCAGAGACAAGAUUCCAUGCAAUUACAGGGUCGUAAUCCACAGUUACAGGCUUUGCUUCAACAGCAGCAGAGACUGAGACAACAGCAAAUGUUUCAGUCGAUGCCACAAUUACAACGAGCGCAGUUGCAACAGCAGCAGCAACAACAACAGCAACAAAUGCAAUUGAGGCAGCAAUUUCAGCAACAAAUGAUGCAGCCCUCUUCUGCUGUCAAGCGUGCAUAUGACAGUAGUGUUAGUGGGGUUUGUGCACGUCGAUUGAUGCAGUAUCUCUAUCAUCAAAGGCAACGGCCAAAUGAUAAUAGUAUUGCCUAUUGGAGAAAAUUUGUUGCGGAAUAUUACUCUCCUCGUGCAAAGAAACGGUGGUGCUUGUCAUUAUAUAGCAACGUUGGGCAUCAUGCACUUGGUGUUUUCCCCCAAGCAGCUAUGGAUGCAUGGCACCAUAUCUCCUUUUUAGGAACAGAAAUUGGAAAUGGUUGUAGUUCAAAAAUUGUGAAGAACAUGAGUGCCUAUUGUCUUCAACGAUUGAGUUGUUUGAAAGGGUUGAGCCCUUUCGGGGCCGCGUGA